UUCACAUGUUGGAAUGUGGUCACUAUAACUGACAGGCCAAUGAGCCUGGAUCUUUAUUGCCAUAUGUUGUACAGAGUCGAUUGUGCAUAUCACAUCUAAGAGCUAGCCGUUUGUGGGAUCUUUGUUAGACCUUGUUCUAUCAAGAGUGUGGAUAUAAUUGCAUUUGCCUUUCCACAUCUUGAAAGUGUGUCACAUGUCAAAACAUAUAGCUUAGUCCUGUCAAAACAUCUAGAAUUGACAAAGAUAGCUGUUUUGACAGGAAACAGGGCUCAGGAAAUUAUCUGGUUACGCUCAAUUAUCAUCACAUGGUGCAUUAUACAUCCCAAUAGGAUAAGUGUCUCAACUUACCCCACCUCUAAUGGCUCAUCUUACCCCAUUGCCAAAACUAUGAAAAUAAAUGCUUCUAAAAUGAUUAGAAAAGAACAAAAAAAAGACAUGGCUAUAGGCCUACAUGGCAUUCAUUUAAAGAGCAAAAACACAUUUCACAAAUGCCGCUCUCGGCAUGUCCUUCUCUUUUUCACAGGUCUCAGAAAUGUUUUACACCACCUUGUGGUGAUUAUGAUGAAAUGUAUUUAGAACUACUACUGUAUACUGCUGGAAAGGUUGCCUCAUUUAGGCGGAGUUUGCCAUGUGAGUGACCACACACACAGGCCACUGAGCUCAGGCGAUGCGCCACUCUACGAGGAAGGGCCUAUCGCUCUCGGCUAUGCCACAAACAAGGUCGUCAGAGGAUAUGAGCGCUACAACCACCACCAGAACAGCUUUGAAGGUGUUGUGUUUCGUUAUCUGUACAUUUUCAUACGCCGAGGCAUCACUGUGCGUGUGUGGCGAGAAGCAACAGGCGGGCGGCUCGCUCGUCUGUGAUAUUGACCCCACUAUCUCUGACAUACUUCAAAAGUCAUUGUGUGAUGGGCAGCUCAUCAUUGAUGGGAAGGUGGGGGUUCAGUAUGGGCACGGCAGGAUGGAAAACUUCACAGACCCAGUGAAGUCAGCGUCUGUCUACAGGUUCACGGUCGACGAGUCACCAGCCUAUGCCUACAUCAUCGCCGAAAGUGUUCAGGACGAGAUUUUCAUCAAUGAAACUUGCACUUAUCUUCAAACUGAUCAAGAUGACCCUGUUCCUCAGGGCAGGCAUCACAUUAUCACUGUGACGGUGACUUUGGCUUUCUUCACUCUGGCGAUCAUCAUCAUCAUCAUCACCAUUGCACUGCGGAAGAAGUGCAUGUUCUCUUCCCGCAGAGGGCAUAACGAGUCCAGUUUCAUCUGCUGCAAGCUCCAGACUGUCUGAGGGUCGAUAGAGUUGCGUGGUCAAACUGUUUCUAGAUUUCUGGGAUCAUCAGGAACUGUUGGAAAGCCAGAGCUGUGUAUGUAUAUCCUCAAACUGUAAUGGUUUUAAACAGCUGCUUCACCUUUUGUUAUGUACUGCCAUAUUUGAUAUUUUGAUAUGUACAGUCAUUAAAUUGGAUAUUGAUGUCCUUAUUAUCCUCUUGUGAAUGCCUUAUUUGU